CUGGAAGCCAUCUUGGCAGUUCGUUGUCGAGCCCUAAAAUAUCACGCAGGCCUGUGUGUUAACAGUGCGGAAAAGGUAAAUAUCAAGUGGCGUGGAAUUUCACUUAUAAUUGAUUGAAAACUGUUCGAGUCAUCAGUUAUAAAAAUUGAGAUAAAGAGCAGUGGGGAUGCGAAGAAGGAAAACUAGAUGUUUGGCUGCUUAGCCUCUCUCUGAAUAUCAAAACGGACAUGAGUACAGCCAGAACAGAGAACCCAGUUAUUCUGGGCUUAACAAACCAAAAUGGCCAGAAGAGAGGCUCCACAAAACCGACAGGGGGACCUGGUGGGGGCGGUGGUGGACCUCAAACAACACAGCCAGCCCAGAUUAAAGCUUCCAGUGCUGUCAACAAUGGCAACUCUUUGCCAGUACCCACAGCAAACACGGUCAUCAAACCUGGGGAUGACUGGAAGAAGAAUUUAAAGCUUCCCCCAAAGGACAUGCGCAUGAAGACUUCUGAUGUAACUGCUACCAAAGGGAAUGAAUUUGAAGAUUACUGCCUGAAGCGAGAGUUGUUAAUGGGAAUCUUUGAAAUGGGCUGGGAAAAACCAUCACCUAUCCAGGAGGAGAGCAUUCCUAUUGCUUUGUCUGGGAGAGACAUUCUGGCUCGAGCCAAGAAUGGCACAGGAAAGAGUGGUGCCUACCUCAUUCCCUUACUUGAACGUAUUGAUCUAAAAAAAGACUGCAUACAAGCACUGGUCAUUGUCCCCACUAGAGAACUGGCGCUGCAGGUGAGCCAGAUCUGCAUCCAGGUCAGCAAACACAUGGGUGGGGUUAAGGUCAUGGCAACCACUGGUGGAACCAACCUCCGUGAUGACAUUAUGCGGCUUGAUGAGACUGUUCAUGUUGUUAUUGCCACUCCUGGAAGAGUGUUGGAUCUUAUCAAGAAAGGAGUAGCCAAAGUUGGCCAGGUGCAGAUGAUUGUGUUGGAUGAAGCAGACAAGCUCCUGUCUCAGGACUUCGUGCAGAUGAUGGAGGAAAUUCUGAGCUGCUUGUCUAAACAAAGGCAAAUUCUGCUGUACUCUGCAACUUUCCCACUAAGUGUACAAAAGUUUAUGAAUUCCCAUCUGCAGAAGCCUUAUGAGAUAAACCUUAUGGAGGAGCUUACUCUGAAGGGUGUGACCCAAUAUUAUGCAUAUGUGACUGAAAGGCAGAAAGUUCAUUGCCUUAAUACACUCUUCUCUAGGCUCCAGAUAAAUCAGUCUAUAAUCUUCUGCAACUCGUCUCAACGAGUAGAGCUCCUGGCCAAGAAAAUCUCCCAGCUGGGUUAUUCCUGUUUCUACAUUCAUGCUAAGAUGAGACAGGAACACAGGAACCGCGUGUUCCAUGAUUUCAGAAAUGGUCUUUGCCGAAAUCUUGUCUGCACAGAUUUGUUUACAAGAGGAAUUGACAUUCAGGCUGUGAAUGUGGUGAUCAACUUUGAUUUUCCCAAACUUGGGGAGACGUAUCUUCAUCGUAUUGGAAGAUCGGGUCGUUUUGGGCAUUUGGGUCUGGCCAUUAACCUGAUCACGUAUGAUGACCGCUUUAACCUGAAGGGCAUUGAAGAGCAGCUGGGCACAGAGAUCAAGCCCAUUCCUAGCAGCAUAGAUAAGAGUCUGUAUGUGGCAGAGUAUCACAGUGAGAGUGCUGAGGAGGUCAAACUGUGAGCAAGAGAGAUCACCAAGCCCCCAGCCACUAUCCCCAAACUUUUUCCCCCCACUCCCUGCCACUCUUUUUUUUUUUUUUUUUUUUUUUUUUGUCCUCCUUGUGCCACUAUGAGAAAUUUCUUUAAAACAGGACAAUAAUGGAGGAAAAUGUCAUGGCCCUUGAAAGGACUACUGUGUCACUUCUGAAGAUUCUAAAGCACUUGUAAGAGGAGGGUAGAGGAGGAUGAUGGAAGCUAACUAUCCUAUUUAUUAAUUGAGAAAAUGUGACUACUUUUCACCUACCUGAACAUUACCCACUGGCUUUCAGACCCAGCUCUUUUCAUCCAGAACCUCUUUAUUUUCAUAUUUGGUUAUUUGUAUGAAGUGCCUUAACAAGCAGUCGAACUUUGUUCAAAGUAAUAAUACCAGAUCUGUCCCUUCACAUGAUUUUUUUUUUUUUUUUUUACCCUUCAUUUACUUCAUUUAUUUUUACCUUGUUUUCAGAAGAAAUCAUUACACAUCCCCUGGUGCUUUUUGGGAUUUUUUUUUUAAGAAUAGACCAAGUAGAAAGUAAUUUAUGAAGAUGUGCAAAAACAUCCUUUCCUCUUAAACUGGGUAUUGACUAUGAUUUUGCUGAUGAAAGUGGGACUUGAUGUUUUCUCAGCAUCAUUCAUAUGCCCCCAAAAUGGCUCAAAUGGCAUUCCCAUUUGUUGUCAUGGAACAUGGGCAUGUAAAGACUGACUCUCUCCCUUUUUCUUCAGUGCUCCAAUACGACAAGAGACUUGCUCAGAGACUAAUGCCAGCCUUUUCCUCCUGCUGUGAUUUUCUCUGCCUGAUGAAUAUGGAAAAUUUGAACUAUUUUCUCCCUCCAAUUAUUGUUCACUUGCAGUUCUUCUUCAUUUAGGGUGGCUACAUAUUGUCAUGGAAGUGCCAUUGAAGUCAAAGUUGGCACAAUGUAUACUUUGUAAAUAUGUUCAUUUCAUUUUUAAUGGAUGUUUUAUAAAACAAGCUAAAAGGCUGGAGGAUAAUGUAAAACAUCAAAGAUGCGGGAAUCUCUCAGCGCUGGACAGCAUUUACUUUCCUUUUCCUGCUUUUGUUAACCCUUCCUGUUUAGAUAAAAAUUGGGUAAGGCUUAAAUUUUGAAAUGAUUGCUUCAUUGUAAAAAAAAAAAAAAUUGGACUCUAUUUAUUUUUGGAAGUUUUAGCAAAGUGCACAAAAUAUCCUUGAACUGUUAAAGCAUUUUUGUUAAACCUCUGCCAGUGAUGUUAUUGGCACCUCAUCUUGAUGUUUGUAGCUUAGCUAUAGUAUUUGUUUUCCAGCCUUUGCUUGUUCCAUUGACUUACCAAGCACUUGUUGGGUCCUUGUUCACAAUGACUCACGUAUGUGGAGAUAAUAUUUGCAUCAUGUAGUAAUGCUUGUUGCUGCAGUGCAGCUUUAAUUGGCAAUCCGUAGGGUGGGUCGGGUCAACUUUUCAAGUGGUAUAUAAUGCUGUUACUCUGAUCGAUGUUCACUGCCAUUGGCACUGGUACAUGAUGCUUUCAGAUGGAGAAAAUGUGCAAAGAGUCCAAAAAAAGCUAAUGACAAAUGUAGCUCUCAAGGAAACAGGUCUUUCAUCCUGGUGUCUCCGCUUUUUUUUUUCUUUUUUUUUUCUUUUUUUCUUUGUUUUCUAUUCAAUUUUUAUCAAACUGAAGAGCUUUGAGAGACCUUUUACCUAUCUGUCCUGCACUAAAGUUGGGACUUGUGUUUGGGACUGGGCAAUAAGACUGAUUGCACAAAAACCUGCUAAGGGGCUGAAGUAUUCAAAGUUGUUUGGGGUGGGAGAGUGUUCUAAAAAAAGGGGAGAACAUAAUUGGCACAGAUAACCAAAUGUUCGUUUUCUGUUUUGAGUGGUUUUAAUGACCCUCCUUUAACGCUAAAAGAAAUGUAGGUUAAUAUCAUUUUUGUGGGUUGUUUGGGGAAAUACAAAUUUGAGUUCCCAUUUAAAGGCUAAAGGGAACUUGUGGUUCUUGAAGGGAUGGGAAUGUGAAAAGAAGUAACUGGUAUUUGUUUCCAAUCGUCACUGACCACUUAUGGUAUGAUGUUGCAGCUGUCUGCCUAUGAUGGUCUUUUGAAAUUCAAAUUCCCAGUACAUAAUUAAAGGUGAGACGUUUUUUUUUUUUUUUUUUUUCUCUCCCCCAUUUUCCUGGGGUUGACUGACUUUGUGUAUUGUGAGUUGUUGCUAAAGGGUGUUUUAGGUUAACAAGAACAGACUUUAGUGGCUAAGGUAAUACACUAAGCACAGUUGAUGUCUCAAUUGUAUCUCCCUGUGGUUGUAUGGUUUAAGCCAGACUUCUAUUCUCUUUUCUACAGUGCCCUUAUACGCACACAGUUAGUUGUUUAUAUAAUUGAUCAUAUUCUCUUAUUUUGGGGGAGGGAGGGAAAAACCAAUGCACUAUCUGUGUGACUUUAGUUGAGAGAAUGGAAGUCAUGCAAGGUUUUGGCAGCUGCCUUGCAAUUUUUACUUUUAGUUAACUAUGUCCUGGAGAACUCUGCAUAAGCCUGAAGAGUUAGAAUGUUCAGGAAACUGUCUAAAUUGCUGUUGGUGGGCCAUGCAGUGUACUUCACGAGUUUCUUUGAAUAUUGAGCUGGGAUGCGUCUCACUGUCUAUUGGAGUCCUUAAGUGUUCAUUCAAAAUUCCUUAGCUCAAUUUUCAGGUUUUUUUUUUUUUUUUUGGGGG